UCGUGUGUCAUUUGUCAGGAGAGGUCAGCUGACCCGCAGGUCCUCGCCGGUCAGUAGAAGUUAAAACAGUAGAUUAAAUUAAUGGUAUGAAUGUCAGUGUUUGAUCGUUAGAACGAGUGUGAAUACAAAGUAAACAGACUCGUCGUGGUAGCGGGUGUAUUUGAGGCGUGUUCAGUGUUUUAAGGUGGAUCCGGAUGCGGGGGUGUCGGGUUUCAGGCAGCGGCUCUUAGCAUGUCCGCGGCCGGGUUUCGGUGCGAGGGGAGCGGCCUGGGAAGAUGCCGAGAGUCGGAGCGGAGGUGGAGCUGCGGACUCUGACCGAGUGCCUCUACUCUCAUCCCGCUGAGACGCUGUCAGACCUGCACUCGGUCCGGUCCCUGUACUCUGACCUCCGGCUCUACGUGGAUUUCUACUGUUUCCCAAACAAAGAGAAGAAGAAGCUGGUGUAUUUGUGUGGGACGGUGCCGGUCCACUAUGAAGGAAGUGAGUAUAACAUCCCCGUGUGCAUCUGGCUCCACGAGACCCACCCAGUGUCCCGGCCUCGCUGCUACAUCUGUCCAGCCGUCUCCAUGGUGAUCAACCCGUCCUGUCCCUGUGUGGACGCCUCCGGCAACAUCAGCCUGGACGGACUCCGCAACUGGACCCCCGGUGUUUCCAGUCUGUCGCUGCUCGUGUCAGAGAUGACUCAGGCCUUCCAGAAGGACACGCCCCUUUAUGCCAGGUGUCCUGCUGCAGGGGUGAAGGACACGCCCCUUUACAUCAGGUGUCCUGCUGCAGGAAGCGUCACGUCUUCCUCCUCUUCAUCGUCUCCGAGCCAUCGUCUUCUUCCAUCCUCUUCUCACCAGCCUGGACAGAAAGCCAGCCAAUGGGAAGAGAGCAGGGAGGCGAAGGUGGGGGGGUCGUACACUGAGGAGCUGCUGGGGAUUGAUUUCAGUGCUCCUCCUCCCUCCUCCUCCAACAACAACCCUUUCCUUUGCUCCUCCUCCUCCUCCUCCUCCUCCUCCUCAGGUGCCCCCCCCACAGACCCCCUCAGCAGCAGGAUGGCGGCGCUGAUCCUGGAUGGACAGUCUCCUGUAGGAACCACCCAGUCAGAGUCCGCCAGAGACAGCAACACCACAAGACCUGGACUACAGCAGAACCCCCAUCCCAAGUCAGGACUGGCAGCAGAACACAUCAAGGUGGCAGCACGACUUCCUCCACAUCAGGCGUCUGUCUUCCUGUCUCUCAUGGCGAUGGAGGGGCGGAGCUUCAGCCCUGAUGAUGUCAUGGAGGCGGUCCUUCUGAACAGAGAUUUCCCAUCAGCCCUCAGGUUCCUGACUCACAGCUGCCCCAUCUGCCAGGACCAGGUCUCCUUCAGCAAGAUCAUCACAAUGACCCACUGCUCCUGCUUCCUGUGUCAGGCCUGUUUUAAGGCGUUUUUCUCGGCGGCCAUUAAAGAGCGCAGCGUGGAUCAGCUGGUCUGUCCUCAGUGUGGUCAGCCGGAGGUCAGAGGUCAGGGGGGGCUGGAAGAGUCCAUGGACUACUUCAACCUACUGGACACACAGAUACGUCAUUUCCUGCCUCCUCAAAUCCACGAACUCUUCCAGAGGAAACUCAGAGACCGAGCUCUGCAGGAAAUGCCCAACUUCUGCUGGUGUGCACAUUGUUCUUUCGGGAUGCUCCAUGAGGCCGACAGGUUGAGGAUGGAUUGUCCCAGCUGUAAGAAGAGCACAUGUUCUCAGUGCAGAUCAGCUUGGUCCCCUCAGCAUCAGGGUUUAUCCUGUGACCAGUUCAGAGUUUGGCAGCAGCAGAACCAACCGGACCUCCACAGAACCAGUCUGCUCUACAACAGCAUCGAGUGUCCAAACUGCCAGUUGGUCUUCAGCCUGUCCAAAGGAGGAUGUCUUCACUUCACCUGCAGCCAGUGUCAGCAUCAGUUCUGUGGCGGCUGCAGUCAGACCUUCACUCUGGGAUCUACCUGCAGCUUCUCAGUGGACUGUGGAUCCAAAGGUCUUCACGCCCACCACCCCAGGGACUGCCUGUACCACCUGAGGGACUGGAGCGUGUCCCGCCUCCACCUGCUGCUACAGCAUUACAGAGUCUCUCCGUCCUUGUUGGACCCCUCCAAGGACCACUCGUCUGACACCGGUCUUACAGCUUCGUGUUCAGUUCUGGAGCUCAGAGACGAGACCAGACGAGAGGAGCCCUGUGGACGUCCAGCUCUACCGGAAUACCGGGGAUACUGCCAGUUGCAUUAUAAGGAGCGUCUGGUGGAGCUGAUCAACCGUUGCCGUGCCGACCCAGCGGUCCUAUUCUGUCUGGAUGAGAUAAAGGCAGAACUCCAGCGAUGGAGCGUUGCCAUGCCAACCAGGAAGCCAGAGGAAGGAGAGGCUGUGUACUUAAGGCGUCUCCGUCUGACGCUGACCAAUAGACUUCCUCUCAGGAAGCAGUGUCUGGCCCCGCCCCUGGCCCCACCUCCACCCAACAUGGCUAUCCCCAGGAACCCCCAUGCCCACAAUGGAGCUUCACCUGCUUACUUCUGAUUGGACGAACAGCCAGUCAGAGUCCAGACCCGAACCUCAUGGCCGAUGCUAACGAUGCUAACACGCUAUUUCUCAGAAUCACGGAAUCCUUUUCAGAUAAAUGUCAGGACAACUUUACUUCCUGUUUCGCUGCAUUUAAGUGUUCAGCUGUUACAGAAAUAAAAUGAAUAAAUUAUACCUUCAU